AGCAUAACCUUCUCGUUAAACUUCAUUACCCAAAAUGCACUUACACUUCCCAGUUCCGGAUUUGAUCAUUUCCGCAACCUCCAUGGAGACGCCAGAGCCGGGCCCAGCAGAUGGAGAGGAGCAUGUUGUGGAGUUGCGACCUCGGACACGCUCCAACCCUGAAGGUGCUGAGGACCGUCGCAGCAGCACGGGCAGCCUCGGAGGAAACAGUAACCCCAACAUAUCUCAGCCCGCUGUGGGGAGUCGUGUUGAGGGCGAGGGCGAGGCUUCAACCAUUGACAUUCCUCCCAGUUCCACCACCACGACCGUCUCGACAGCUGCAGCUCAGACUCCAGCCCCUGUUGCAGUAGCAGCAGCUGCAGCCAGUGCAGCAGCAGCAGCAGCUGCAGCAACAGCAGCAACAGCAGCAGCAGCAACAGCUGCAGCCACUGCCACAGUGCCACUAUCCACUGCUGCGGUUGCAGCUAAAGAGAGGCCAAAGCCCACACAGCAGCAGCCCACAUUGACAACCCCCAUCCCUCCACCAGCAGAGUACCAGCUCAAAGUUCCCCGUGUCAACUGUCCAGAGAAAGUGAUCAUCUGCUUGGACCUUUCCGAAGAGAUGUCUUUGCCAAAGUUGGAGUCUUUUAACGGGACUAAAACGAAUGCCCUGAACAUAUCCCAGAAGAUGAUCGAGAUGUUUGUCAGAACUAAACACAAGAUCGACAAACGCCAUGAGUUUGCCCUGGUAGUAGUCAAUGAUGACGCUCUGUGGUUGUCAGGCUUCACCUCUGACCCCAGGGAGCUGUGCAGCUGUCUGUAUGACCUUGAGACCAAUGUGUGCGAGUCCUUCAACCUUGAAGAUCUUCUUAAUGUAAUUCGUCAGAAGAUCGAGCUCCCGUCAAUGGACAAUGUUCAGACCAUCCCUCCUCCAUAUGUGGUGCGGACUGUGCUCAUCUACAGCCGUCAUACAGGACAGCUUCAGUUCAACCCUUCAGAGGCUUUUACUAAAAUGCUGCAGUCUCCAUAUUUCUUCUUUGAUGUGGUGUACCUGCACAAUGGUGUGGAAGAGCAGGGGGAUGAGAGCAGCUGGAGGGACAACUACACCUCCUUCUGCAACCUGGACUCUAAGGGCAUGUGCUAUCGCUUCGAGGUUUCCCUGAGUGGACCCGCCAUCGAGCUGCACAACUGCAUGGCCAAACUUCUGGCUCACCCUUUACAAAGACCUUUCCAGAGUCACGCCUCUUACAGCCUGCUGGAGGGGGAAGACCCCCAGGACAUUGAGGCAACGGUCUAAAACUGGACACACUCACAACGCCCUGUUUCUCUGUGAAAUUCGCACACUGUAGUUUAUUAGAAAGGGACGGGGAUUUUCCAAGUACUACUGAGGUUUUUUCCAUUAACUGAUUGCUGCAGAGCAAUACUUUGUAAGAAUAUUUGGGAAAACCAGGUGUUUUACAGAAACCAAAGGGCGUCAGCAGAUCACGAUUAACUCAAACAUUGUGUUUCCAUAAAAGAAUGAAUGGGGAAGAAAUAAAAUGAUCCAGUUGUUAGCUAUAAAACUGGGCAUGAUGUCAUUAAGUGGCUUUCAGAUGGGACACAAGGAGAAGAUAAAGAAUAAAGAAAUGAAGAUGGUUAAAGCAUUAGGCUUUGUUAAACUCACUCCCUUGCCAUUUGUUUUUUUCUUUCAAAUCUUCGAGCACACUGAUCUGUCUAAGUCUUAAAGGGUGAAAUCAGUGCAUGUGACAGUUUUUGAUAGCUGGCCUUUUGAGACGAACUGUUAUAUGAUGUACUGUAUCUUCUGUAAUAUUGCCUUCCCUUUUUAGUUGUUAAUUUCCACCUUUUGUUGCCUGUCUUAAUGUAUUUUCUAUUUUAUAAGGGGUUGUUUUUAAUCUUUAGCUGAUAUGUCACGGACAAUGAAAGAAUGUACAGUAACGUAGAAGCGGCCCCUCUUUUGCCAAUGAUCUCUGUGGCAUUGAUAGAUUGAUUGUGAAAAAGGCCCCUCGUACUGCCAGUCUAGCUGCACUUGAAGCACAUUGUUCGGAUCAACUUUUUGAAGUCGUUUCUGAAUAUAAAAAAAAAAAGCAUGAUCACAUUUUUCAUUUUCAUAUGUGCUUUCUAUGUUUUUGUCAGGAGAUGGCAGCAAAGUCCCUCCAGAGAUCAGAACCAAUUUAAAAGCUGCUGUGGUUCAUGAGGGUAGAGAGAAGUCACAUUUGUUUUAUAGUCACUACAUCCAGGUGUCAGCUUUGAUACAUUUGUUUCUGCUUUGAUCAGUCAAAGUCAUCAUUCUGUCUGUUUUGCUAAACUUUAAUGCGUUAAAUCUCCAUAUAUCUUCACUGUCGAGCUUCGUCAUCUGUGUCUAAUUUCUGAAUCUACAGACCUGUGUGAUUAAGCAGCUUCUGUUGAAAACCUUAUCUGUUAUCCACCUAUAGCUUGAAUAUUACUUCAGUGGUAAAUAUAUAUUUUCUUGUUACCCUACAUGUGUCUGGUCAGUUCACUAAAGAGGUCAGUCUUCAACA